AGCAAAAAAGGGGAACAUCAAAGCAGGUUUAACCAAAAGAGCAGAAGACAUCUUGGCACAGCAGUCUCAAGGAAGUGUCUGGAUGGCAGUUCGUUCAUCCUUCUCUUUCUUGAGUUGUCUACUCUGCCAUUAUCUUCCACUGAUUUCUGCUUUAUUUUGUGAUUCAUUGAUAGAAAGGGAAGUGGAGUUGAGCAAUAUCCCCCCUGACACCGUGCAAGUGUAUGUUAAUGAAUGUAAUGUGAAAAACAUCAUAUACAACAAGAACGACCUUCCAAGACUUCGUUUACUCAACCUCUCCUCUAAUUGUAUCAGGACUUUGCCAAAUGAUGUUCUCUCACUUCUGAAAAAGAAAUGCCUGAAAGAGCUUCCAAGAUUACUUCUUAACUCUACCCUACAAGGAAUUACGUUGGGCUGCACCUGUGAAUUCAUUAAGGGCCACCCCAUACUACUAAACAGCACUGCUUGUGCAGAAAUGUUGGAAAGCUGUGGAAAUACUUCAGUGGCCGUUUCUAUAGGACUUUCCCUUCUUUUACUGUUGUUGAUCUGUGGAAUUGGGUGUGCUUGGCACUGGAAACACCAUAAUCCAGUGCAACUUACCUUACCAAGGUUUUUGCAAAGGAGAAGCAGCAGGAGAAAAGACUAUGUAAAAACACUCUCGGAUGCCCUCGCUAUCAGGUCAAAGCAUAAAAUUUCAGUUCAGACCCAAGAGUAUACAUCUUCUGGAAGAGGGGCUAACAGAUAUGACAACUAUGAAAACGUGGAAGUUCGUCCUCCCAGAGAUAAAGGAGAAGCUGAUAAGGAACUAUAUGAGAACACUCGGCCGACCAAUUUCGAGGAGCAUAUCUAUGGAAAUGAGACACCAUCUCUAUAUUAUAACAACCAGAACCCGAGUACUUCUGAAGUGUCUCAAGAUGAAGACAUAUAUAUUCUUCCAGAUUCAUAAUAACUUUUCAAAGUAUUGGGUUUAGCUUUUAGAGGAUAAAUAUUUACUGGGACUUUUAUUGUACUGAUGCCAUUGUUAAUCAUGUUCUUCGGAUAAAACUCAGUGAUCUUUUGUCUGCGUCCACCCUCUGAACCUUCUCUCUGUGUAUUACUGUGGGUUAAUUCCAGAGACCCUCUUUACCCUUCUUUUGCUAGAUUAAUUCUGCAUUAUGUUAUAUCGAUUCUUCCUUCUAAUUGUUAACCUGUUAUCAUUUUCUGUUAUUUCUGUCUCUACCAUCUUUUCUGGCUCAAGAUUGCUGUCAGUCUCCUAACAAACCUUUCUGGCUCUAGUGUCUGCCCCUUCACCCAUGAUACUACCAGAUUUAUUGUCAGAAAAUAUUUUCAAUGCCUCAUCACUCCUUUGCUUGAAACCCCUCAGCGUCUCCUUAUUGCAAAAUAUGUGCUAUUUAUAAUUCUAACUCUAGGACUUAUGAUUUCCCACAGUUGGUUCCAGUUUACUUUUCCAGUAACUCCUACUAAUUUCUCACUUCUGUGCUUUCCUCAUAAUCAUAUGAGAACUGCCAGACCCACCGCUCCUCCAUGGCUUUGUUGGUCUGCCCCCUUUCAAGCCUGAGUCGUACGGUAACUUCUUCCACAUGUCUUCUGAAUUCCAAACCUACCUUUACCUUUUUCUUUUAUGGUUUCCUAUAGAUUUUUCUGCCUGUUUAAUUCUCUGGGAGUUCAAACAUAUGAAUAUUUUCUAUGGCAUGUUACUAUUUAAUGUCAUCUGAGAAUGUGUUAACUUCCUUGAUAAAUAGUAAGGAAGUACCUCAUAUUCAUAUUUUAACUCCAGUGCCUAGAACAUCAUAUGUGGCACUUAGUGUUGUUCAAUUGACAAGAAUUAAGGCAUGUAUUUUGCUCAAUAGUUUUCAGAAAAAUCUAAUAAAUUCUUUCAUUCAAGAAAUA